CAUUUCGGCCGACAGACAGCCAUAAUUUUAGCCCCCAGAAUGUUAACAAGAGGAAAAAGUUUUUUAUCGAAUAAAUAAUAAUGCUGCCAAUCACGCCAAAUAUUAUGCUGCAAAAGCUGUAUUACUCGCGGGCGCGUUCAUACGAUACAUUUACAGUAGACGUGAUGCGAGGCGGCGUGGUACAGCGAGGAUAUGUUACUGAUAUUGCUGAGGAAGGACUCAUCAUCGACUUCCAUCAUUAUGGCCCAUCGGCAACAGAACUGGUGGAAUUCUCCUGUAUCCGCACACUGCCAACUAAAAAGUUGGCCGCCUACCGUUACCUUAAACUAUUCGAAGUGAACUCCGAGGUGGAGGUACUAGUUCGAAGCGCAGUAGACCAACCUCUGACCUGGAGAAAAGCCACCUUCGUGGCACUUGUGCCUGAAUAUGGUACCAAGCGAGCUUCCGAAGAGGGUGAACAAUAUUUUUUGGUCCGACUGCAAUCCAGAAAUCCUUUCUCUUUGGCCGCUGUUGCUAAUCUUUGGCCGCCAAUCGUAGCCAGCGAUAUCCGUAUCCGCCAGAAGCGACUCUGGCAAACAGUCGCACCAAAGACUUUCUUCAAGGUGACCGUGCCGCAUGCUUUAUGCCGCAAGACUGAUUGUCCGUUUCCACAGUCUCCCCUUCUGUAUUAUAUAAAGAACCUGGACGUUGAUAUGAAGUUAGCCUGGCUGAAUACGACGGGCACGCUUAUUGUGUCCGCUGACGAUGGCAGUGUCACCGUGCUUUGCCGCAAGAAAUCUAAACGACUACCAUUCAAAUUCCAUCGUUUGAUUUUUCACUUAUACGACGAGAUUGUGGAGCAGUAUUUUAGAAAAGGGGAUACCACUCGUAUGGAGACAUGGUUCACAACAACUAUCGAAAAAUUACUGCUCUUUCCCAAAUGGUUGGCUGCAAUAUCAGGUGCCUUGCUUUCUAAAGGCAUAGCUCAGGAUCUGAAGGCGUUUCCCAAAUUACAGACUCUUCCGGAUAUACUGCUGCUCGAGACGUUACAAAGUAUGGACAGGAUAUCCCAGAGGGAUUUGAAGUGCGUUUGUCGGAGAUGGUACAGACUGCAGUCAAGCGCGACGACGGAGAAAUGUCUGACUCUGGAAGCUCCGGAUGUCAAACAUAAUCACCCAUUAUACUUGGCGAAAGCACUACUUAACUACACCUUUACAUCGACACGAAGCCUGCUACUGAUGCAGUUUUCUCCCAGCCACAGCUACACGGUUAUGCGAUUAAUAAAAGAAAUGCAGUUGCAGUUAGAGUUUUAUGCGUCUUAUCGAAGUACAGAUACAGUACAUCAUCGCAGUGUAGUUUCUGACCUUGAGGACGAGCUGGCGAUGUAUCCCGCAGUCAACAAUCUCCACAUUUCCUGCGUCAUGAAAUCGAAAAACGCCAACCAACUUACAUUGGAGAUCAUCAUGGCAGCGCCGGAAGAAAUGAAAUGUCUGCUAAACCAUUUAGGCGUUGACUGGACGUACUGCUGCACAACCAAAAUAAUGAAGGACACUGUUACGGGAAUUUCACGUGUGUUAGAUGCGCUGAAUCUCCGCUGUUCUGUACACGGCAACCUAUCCGAUGCCGUGGAGUGUCCAAACCAUUGGCAGUGGAAAGGAGGAGAACGAUUGAAGAACGAUCUGCAACGCUGGCCUGUAAGCUCCGCAGCGUUCGAUGCCCUAACGAAGGGAUUUGAGCAUUACUGUCCACCGAGCAGGACGCUUUCCUAUUGUGAGAUAACGGCGUUCCGCCCAGAAAUUUUAAAGGUGUUGAUCCGGAAGCCCCGCUUGAUUGGAGAAGAAUACUUCGAUUCUUGCGGCGUUGAGAGUUGGCUUCGAUUUUCUUGACUUCCUAACCUGAUAUCAAUCUUCCAAAUAAUUACAGUUAAACUCAUCAUUUGAAUGUUUGAUUGGACAA